AUGGGUCACCAUGGAGUUAAUGGUGUGAGGUCGAGUGACCUUUUUCUUUCAUAUUGGAAAUUCGAAAUAAUAGCGAACGUCAGCAAGUCGAAUUUCGAAUCGACAUUGUCAAAUUAUCCAAAAUCCGCUCGGCUAACCCUUAAACGAGAAAGUCUUCUUUUUACCGGGAAUUGCAACUCGCUUGCCCUUCAAAGUUCUGCAGUUAUUCCUAGUCCUCUGCCCACGACAAGGCAAUCCCUGAAUGUGCCGAAUUCCUCUGUAGCACUGUAUAUCCUUCAGCCUUUUGAUUGCCAUCGCAUUAAAUCUCCUCUAACAAAGAUUUCACCAAAAAACAACAACAACAACAACAACAACAACAAAAUCAGUUAUGAUUAG